AUGCCUGGCCCACGGCUUGGUCCUGUCCGGCGACAUUUGCUUCCUACCUCAUUCGCGAUCUGGACAUGGCUCAGCUUAUGUAUGUGGAUGUGGAAUGUCUCGGCGGCAGAGAAAACUGCAGCAGACUACUAUGUCCAGUCUUUGCCUGGCCAGCCAGACGGCCCGCUUCUGAAAAUGCAUGCUGGUCACAUCGAAGUCAAUCCUGCGCACAAUGGCAAUCUCUUCUUUUGGCACUUUCAGAAUCGCCAUAUAGCCAAUCGGCAACGGACGGUAUUAUGGUUGAAUGGCGGACCGGGCUGCAGUUCGAUGGAUGGUGCUUUAAUGGAGAUUGGACCCUACCGACUAAAGGAUGAAUCGACUCUUCGAUACAAUGAUGGAUCUUGGGAUGAAUUCGCCAACAUCCUUUUCGUCGAUAAUCCUGUCGGGACAGGCUUCAGCUAUGUUGAUACAGAUAGCUACAUUCAUGAGCUCAAGGAUAUGGCUGAUCAAAUGAUUCUCUUCCUGAAAAAGUUCUUCGAAAUGUUCCCCGAGUACGAGGAUAAUGAUCUUUACAUUGCUGGAGAAUCCUACGCAGGGCAACAUAUACCAUAUAUAGCCCAAGCUAUUCUCUCCAAUAACAAUUUGCCUAAUCAGUCCAAAAAGUGGAAUCUGUCUGGUCUCCUUAUAGGGAACGGGUGGAUAUCGCCCGUCGAGCAAUACGACUCGUACCUCACAAUGGCCUACGACGCUGGCGUAAUCCAGGGCGGCUCUGCCGAGGCAAAUGAGCUUGAAAAGCAGCAUCAGAGGUGCACCGACGCUCUCAAUCAGCCAGGAGGUUUAGACAAAGUUGAUCUGCCACCAUGCGAGUCCAUCCUCCAAUCAAUCCUGAGACUUUCUCAAAAGGACGGACAGUGCUACAAUAUGUACGACGUCCGUCUUCGAGAUAGCUACCCCAGCUGCGGUAUGAAUUGGCCCCCAGAUCUCACAAAUGUCACACCGUACCUGCGGAGGGAUGAUGUCAAAGCGGCUCUGCAUAUCAACAAAGACAAGAAGUCCGGAUGGACGGAAUGUUCUGGAGCGGUGGGCUCAAAUUUCAAUACCGCCAAAUCCAAGCCAACCAUACAGAUUCUGCCCGACAUCCUGAAACAAAUGCCCGUCAUCCUCUUUUCCGGAGACCAAGAUCUUAUCUGCAAUCACAUCGGCACCGAAGAGCUCAUCCACAACAUGGAAUGGAACGGCGGCAAAGGUUUUGAACUUUCUCCCGGAACAUGGGCCCCUCGCAGGCAUUGGACUUUCGAAGGAGAGCCAGCAGGACUUUACCAAGAAGCUCGAAACCUGACUUACAUUCUGUUUUACAAUUCAUCCCACAUGGUACCUUUCGACUAUCCCAGGCGAACAAGAGACAUGCUUGAUCGAUUCUUGGGUGUAGAUAUAGCGAGCAUUGGCGGUAAGCCAACGGAUUCCCGGAUUGAUGGCGAAAAGGGGGUAGAGACGAGUGUGGGCGGUCACCCUAACAGCACAUCAGCCGAACAGGCAGAAGCAGAGAAGCUUGAGGAAGCCAAGUGGGCUGCAUACUACAAAUCGGGUGAGGUAGCACUGAUUGUAGUCAUCAUACUUGCGAGCGUAUGGGGCUUCUACGUCUGGCGGGAUCGGCGCAGAAGGGCAGGCUACGACGGUCUAUUCGGAGGUUCAAACACCCAUCUGGUCAGGAGUAAGAGGCAAGCCAGGGACGUUGAAGCAGCAGAUUUCGAUGAAAGCGAGCUGGAUGAGCUGCAUGUUGCGAGCCCGGACCCACACCAUGAUGGAGCGGAGGAAAGAUAUAGUCUUGACGAAGAGAGUAGUGACGAGGAAAGACGGAGGAAGGCUAAUGGGCAUGCGAAUGGGCAUGUCAGUUUUAAGGAUUAG